CCAUAAGAACAAAACGUCGGGCUGGCCGCCCCCUGGCCCAGGCUCCUGGGGUGGACUGCAGGGGCCCCCAUACAGUUGGGACAGCAUGAACCACAGCAGGGAAGGACGGGACUGCUUCACCAACCAAGUGUCCCACAGCAGCUCCCUGGAGGAGGUCCACCUGGAUGGGCUCCCUCCCGCCCCCCGUCUGGUGGAGAUGAGGCGGGACCCGGUCCUGGGUUUCGGCUUUGUGGCGGGCAGCGAGAAACCGGUGGUGGUCCGCUCUGUCACACCAGGUGGUCCGUCCGAGGGGAAGCUGCUGCCGGGCGACGAGAUCAUCAUGAUCAACGAUGAGCCAGUCAGCUCGGCGCCGAGAGAGCGGGUCAUCGAUCUCGUCAGGAGCUGCAAAGAAUCCAUCAUGUUGACUGUUGUCCAACCGUAUCCUUCCCCUAAAUCAGCGUUCAUCAGUGCAGCCAAAAAAGCCAUGCUCAAGUCCAAUCCGGUCAAAGUGCGCUUUGCUGAGGAGGUCAUUAUAAACGGCCAGGUUCCAAACCCGGUGAAGGACAACUCUCUUCUGUUCAUGCCAAAUGUCCUGAAGGUCUACCUGGAGAACGGGCAGACAAAGUCUUUUCGCUUUGACAGCAGUACCUCUAUCAAGGAAGUGAUCCUGACCCUGCAAGAGAAGCUGUCAAUCAAAUGCAUCGAGCACUUCUCCCUCAUGUUGGAGCAGAGGACUGAAGGCUCUGGAAGCAAACUGCUUCUCCUGCACGAACAGGAGAUGCUUACUCAGGUGACCCAGAGGCCCGGUUCUGACAAGAUGAAGUGUUUCUUUAGAAUCAGCUUCGUGCCCAGAGACCCUGUGGAGCUGCUCCGGAGAGACGCCGUGGCAUUUGAAUACCUCUAUGUUCAGAGUUGCAACGACGUGGUCCUAGAACGGUUCGGCCCGGAGCUGAAGUACGACGCCGCGCUGCGAUUGGCUGCCCUGCAGAUGUACAUCCUCACCAUGACAACCAGGCAGAGUCAGAAGGUCUCACUCAAAUAUAUCCAAAAGGAGUGGGGUCUGUCGUUGUUCCUGCCUCCCGCUGUGCUGUCCAGCAUGAAGGAGAAAAACAUCAAGAAGGCCCUGACACACAUCCUCAAAACCAACCAGAACCUCGUGCCUCCAGGGAAAAAACUGACUGCUUUGCAGGCCAAGGUGCAUUACCUGAGGUACCUCAGUGAACUCAGACUCUACGGAGGGAGGGAGUUCAAAUCAAUACUUUUGCAAGGUGAGAAACAGACAGAGGUGACGCUGUUAGUGGGUCCACGUUACGGCAUCAGCCACGUCAUCAACGCCCGAACCAACCUCGUGGCCCUGCUGGCCGACUUCAGCCACGUCAACCGCAUUGAGAUUCUCACUGAGGAUGAGACCAACGUCCGACUGGAGCUGCAUGUUCUGGAUGUCAGGCCCAUCACACUUAUCAUGGAGUCCAGUGAUGCAAUGAACCUUGCCUGUCUAACAGCAGGCUACUAUCGCCUCCUAGUGGACUCAAGGAGAUCUAUUUUCAGCAUGGCCCACUGCAACAGCACAGGAGGGGACGACAAUAGUCAGGAUCGUGUCCUGGAGUGGCCAUACAGCACAUCUCUGGGGGACAACGAGGAGCCGUCACCCAGCCAAGGAGACGUCUACAACAGAGACUCUGAGUACUCCGAUAAUGGGCAGAGGGAGAACAGCAUCUCUCCUUAUUUCCACGAACCCCAAAACCCUGACAGAGACCUUGGGACAAGAAGAAGUCCGUUGCCGCCUCCUCUUCCCCCCGCCACCAGACACAAACCUCAAGACUCACCUCGGAGCUCCAAAGUGUCGUUUAUUUUUGGGGGGAACCCGCCUUUGAACAAGCCCAAGAACUUAGGCUACGAAAGACUGUUGGAGAGCCCCGAGGACAGAGUGCCAUUUCAGUUCAGCGGUCUCACACACGUCUAUAGUAACAUUAUAAGCGAGGAAGGUGGCGAGGAGCCGCUGCUUAGGGAUCUGUUUUACCGCGACACGACGGACGACGCAGAAGAUGACGACGAUGCUUCCUGCGAGGAAGACUCCACCGGGGGGACACCUGUGGGCGACGAGAGACAAGGUGCAAACCAAGGUGGAGGAUUACCCACAGCAGCCGGCAAAGCUACCUUCCUCUCACUUUCCGGUUCGACCGAUGACAUCAUCGACCUGACCUCCCUGCCUCCCCCCGAGGGUGACGACGGCGUCGACGACGACGAAGACGACGCGUUGCUGCAGACGCUCAACCUCGCGAUCGCAGCUCCACCGCCUGGCUUUCGGGACAGUUCAGACGAGGACGCGGCGCCUGAGGGAAGGCCUCUAAGCACACGUGAAAAUGACGAUAUCCCGGUGUCGUUGAUUGAUGCCAUUCCCACACACGGGGAGGGGGAGGGCAGCAGGGGAGGGGAGAGAAGGCGGGAGAAUGCGGCCAUGAAUACUCUUCAAGCACUGGAGGCUCUCUCCGUCUCUGAACACAGGCCGCCCCCUCCUCCUCCACCCGGCGGUAACAAUCCAGGUGUUUACGCAUCUCGUGGCUUUAGCCCCGAGUCAUCCUCAGAUUCUGGAAAUGAGACCAACUCCUCAGAGAUGACUGAAAUCUCUGAACUAGCUGCUACCCACAGGUUGACCGAGAGCCACAUGCGUCUUCUGGUGGCUACCAGGGAAGGUUACCAACCUUUACUUGAGGAGAAGACAGAAUUCCCCGUCUCCCCCAGCACAGGAGGAACAAUACAGAAGAAAGCCCGAAGUCCAACACGGCACCUUCAGCCUCCUGCAGUUCCUCCAAGGCGGAGCCCCCAGUUGGACACUACAUCAUCAGGAAGCUUGGAGAUAAGGUCCCAGACUAAUCUCUCAGCUACUCUCCAGCGUCCAAGUUCCACCACGCCAGGAGGAAAGCACCAUAAAAAAUCUGCAGACUCUAGUGGAAAGUAUAACACCUUCAGCACAAGGGACGGACAUCGAUUUGAAAGAGGUGACAGCCGCAGACAUUUUGACUUGGACCAGCGCACUUCAUUCUGCGAGCAAGGAGAAAGUCAGAGAAGACAGAAUUCUUUUUUGGCAGAAAAUUCUGUGGCCGAGGGCCUUGGAGUGAACAGCCUCCCUCGUGACCACCACAGAAGUCCCCGCCCUUCCUCUGCUAUUUCUGAUCGCCUCUUGGACGUUGCCAACUUAGGGGAUUGUGGUACAGAUAAUGGAGCCGCAGCUGCAGAGCAAGAUGAACAUUUAGUCGUAGCAUCAUUGCUGUCCCCUACAAAAAAAUCCAGAUCUGGGGGGUCUGACCAGGGUUCAGAUGUACCAAGUGACCAUCAGCCAAUUUCGAGACAACAAAGUGUUGCACGGUUAUGUGAGUACCAUCUAGCAAAGAGGAUUUCUAGUCUGCAAGGAGAAGCCCACAGUUCACUGCAGGGUUCUCUGUGCUCAUCACUGGAUGCCGGUGGCAGCACGAACAGUAGUGCCUGUGCCACUCCAACAGACUCACCACUCGGCCCUGGUGCGGUUGAAUCAAAACACCAUCAUUUGCAAAGGCACCCGCUUUCCAGUUCCUCCUCCUCGUUACUCAGGGUGCUAAACUACGAAGAUAACAAACCUGGAGUCCCUCUCGGCAUCGCUGGCCAGAGCGCUCAGGGAAAAGACCUCCACCCUCACGCAGACCCUGCCCUACUCCGGAAAAUGCUGCCCAAUAUUCACGCCCCCGCCGAGCAGAGCCGACCCUCCUCAGCCACGCCAUCUAAGCAUAAAGAGGCGUCAGGUUCCGGAAGUAAGAGGUCUCACAAUGAUCUGCUCGCGAAACAACAGGCCUGUUUGAAGGGUCUGAACCAGAAGGAAGGCAGCGAGGCCUACAGACAGCUGAUUAACUAUCUAACAGUCAGCCAGAUGCAUCAGGGAGGGAAGCUGCACAGUGCAGGCAUGGGCGGGGCAGUGAAAAAGGACACCAGGCGCUUUAUCACGAGCAACCCACAGCUUGUUGAAAUGGUUAAGAAUCGGGGGAACACCAUUGCUCGUUGUCCAUGUAUGCCUUCAUCCAUAUCAUCCCCAUUUCUUAGCCCAAAUAUGGUAAACCCUAACGCAGCUGCCAUGCAGAUGUCUAAUAGAAAUUCAAGUUCAUAUCAUUCUGCCACACUUCCUGCCAAACUCAAGAGAAGUCCUGACAUGCAUGCUCAGAGGCCAAAUGACAGUUCAGAUUUCAGGCCAGCUACUUCUGAGAGGAGGAGCUCCUUUUCUGGCCUAGAAAGUGAGUUAGAGAGGAGCGGUAUGGACCCUGAGCACUUCCUGUCGCUCUAUAAGAGAGAGGGGUGCGUUGGUCGUGACGGGGGUAUCAUCACAGGAGGAAACCGUGAGGGUGGAGGUACCAUGAACAGGCAGCCACCUCGGUCAAGAAGCCAACCAAGCAGCAGCUCAGAGGACUGGUUCAAAUCAGAACCGAGGUCCAAACAUGCGGUUCGUCAGUCCCCUCAUUCUCGUCCGAAUGAUUGUUUCUCUGGCGUCCCCGGUGUAAGUGGUCAGCGGGCGGACCUCAACACCCUCUCACUUGGAAGAGGAGAUCACCCUUCAGCUUUUAUCAGGCAGGCGUCUACUGGCAGCAGAGCUUGUCUUACAUCUCCAACACCAAACCCCCAAUGUCCACCUCCUCCACCGCCACCUCCACCACCUCCUCCUUUGUCUCUGCCCAACACCAGCUCCAGCAACUCAGGAUGCCCACAAGAUUCCAUCCAUCCCCUUCAGUCCCGGCAGAAUCAGAACCACAUUCAGGCUGUCACCCCGACCCUGCCGCAGACGGAUCACUUUAGCAAUAGCCUGCAACGUGGCCGGGAGCUCAAACGCAGCACGAGCAAUAUCACCGCAAGUUCUGGUAGCGUGGAAGUUCUGUUUGAUAAACCCACCCGAAGCCGGAGCCAGCAGCCCUUAUCACCAUCUGUGUCCCAGCAAGGUGACACCAAAGUCCAACGAAGACCAACGAGGAAGCGGCUCUCCAAGAGCUACUCCCAAGGCUCUGUAUCUUCCCACACUACAUGCUGGUCUACAGGCAAUAGGGUCGACAGUAGAAGAGCAUCUGUAGCAUUUCCAUUACAGAAAGAUGCAAAACACAUGAAGGGCUCUCAAAAAUUGGACACCAGCCCCUGGAGAUGCAAUGGGCCCUUUAGCUACUGCUUCUUCAAACGUAAGAGCGAGGGCGAAGAGGACGACAUUGAGUGGGAGAGGCCCAGAAGAAGCCGAGGUGGGAAUGAUUUUAAUGAUGCUGCUGCAUCAUCGAUAUUACCCUGCGGCUCAGCAGUGGAUGCUGCCGGGGAGCAGCUGUACGGGGAGGUCCUCAAUAACAUGAGCUUUAGCGACCGUCUGGCAAGAAUCAACGCCCUCAAGGACCGCAUGUAUGGCUUCCCAUCUGGCUUCAGCGAUGUCCGCCGUGACGCCAGCGAGCUCAUUGCACUGGUGAGGUCCAGCAUAGGUCGCUGCGAUCGCGGGGUCCAGAUGCCGAUCCAGGAUGUAUCCCAGUACAAGACGCUCCUCUCUGUCGAGUCGAAGGAACUGGGCCGGGCAUGUCGGAGGAUGGCACAGGCCCACAGUAGUCCUGAGGAAAUGCUGCUCGCUGUAACUUGUAGCUUUCAGGUGCUAUGCUGUCUCUGCGAAGCUUGUAUGUGUCUGGUUCGGGGGCUCGGACCCUCGGCCUCACACCAACAAAGAGAGGUCGUGGCAAAGGUUGACGAGGUCGUCAUGAACUAUAUCUGUUUGCUCAAAGCAGCUGAGGCUGCCACCGUGGGAGCACCAGGGGAGCACAGCGUGAAAGCCCUGGUCCGCCACUCCAGUACCAUGUCGGCCAUUGCUAACGCACUCACCCGCUCCCUUAAAACGCUGCUUAGCAAGUAGAGGCUACUCCUUAUGCUUUGUAGUGUGGCCUAUGCAGUUAGACGUCUGUCUUUCAAGCAUCUUGUUGUUUCUGAGUCUGCUGGAAGAGUCAUAUAUUUUUCAUAUAAGGUCUCCAUAUCAAAAUUUAAAACAGUUUAAGACUUGUAGCAGUUAGACUUACUAUUAAAAUUAAUGGCAUUCACACUGAAAGAUGAGCAAGAUGCUAAAAGACAGUCCUCUGAAUGCACUUGCUUUUUCUGAUGACAAUAUUGUAAUGUAUAUUUACAAAGCCAUACUGUCUCAGACCUUUGUAAUAUGAUAUGUACCUAAUAGAUACUAUACCCUUUUACCUGUGCAUUAUGUAACUUAUUUAAAAGAUGUAUAUUAUGUACAUAAACACAAUAUAAUUAUAUUAUUUGCCGUAGCAGUUUCAAGAAGCCAUCGAGUAUUCAGCAUCAUUUGCUUUAAUAUUGUGCAGGGCUGGAGUGAAUUCACUUUCAGUUCAAUCAGUUCAUGAAGUGCAGUUUUACUACAGAUAUUUAUAAUUAUAUCGAUGAUAAUUUACCUGUAGAAGUGUCAGUAACAUGGUCAGUCCAGUGGGGAAACAGUUGCAUCAUAUUGUCGUGCUAAAUAUUAGGUCGAAUUUCUGAAUGACUGUUUUAAAGUGAACUGAUUUCAACCCUGUCGCAUUUCAAUGCAGUUCUUUUUCUUUUCUUUUUUGCAAGACAAAAGGAACAUUUGUUAGAAAUGGUUAAAAUACAGGGACACUAAAAUUGCACUGCAUUUACCACUGCUUCAUAUUUUACCACCUAGACUAUUUUCAGAGAAAAUUAACAAGCAGUAAAUAGUAAUUUAUUUCCCUAAAUGGUAAAUACAUAUAAGAUGAUACUACUAUUAUAUUAACAAUUCAGAAAACUUGAAGAAGUCUUUCAGAUUGACCACUGUGUUCAUUAUAUCGACUUUUUAAGUUUGUGUGUUUUAUUAUCAUCUGUUUUGGAAUAAGUUUUUGUGCUUGAAUGAUUUAUUAUUCCACCACUAUGUAUCAAGACGCUGUUACGUCUCAAGAAGAAAUUCAAUUCCUGUUUUUUCUUUUUUCAAUAAUACACCAACCUAUUAAAAGACAUUUUACAGAUA